AUGGAAACCGUUCGCAACAUCCAGAGUCCAAUACCCCCGGCACUUCUCAAUCCAUCGAAAUGGCUUUCUCUUUAUGAAGACUUCGUGACAAAGAAUUCCAGCUCGGUCGGUCAAGUCGAGUCUGCGCUACGAUCCCUGACAUACAUCAUUCCAGGGCGUUAUCGCGAAUCAGAGAUACCCUCAGAAUGUGUGCAUUCGGGCGUCCAGUUAUUGUCGCUAUACCAUGAUUCUCUUGUUUCGCGUGUAAUUGAUCGACUUCCUUCGACUGUUCCUCGGCCGCAACCUACCCCCCAUUCCCGGUAUACCAAAUAUUGGACCUCUCGCUCCUCAUUAUAUCGUCAAGUAGCGCUUGCGCUGCAAAUGCUCCAGUACACAGAACUUCUCUGGGAGAUGACAGCACGGCGACGGGGCCAAAAGACCCGCUGGCGUGUGGUGGUCUUCAUCGAAUUCGCCAAGGCCAUCUGCCGCCUGCUGCUACUCAGACUGACAAAUUCCAGACCUCUGGUCAGCCCACCACUGCCGGAGCGCGAAGUGGACCCAAGAACGGCGGAAGAGGAUGACCAGAAGGAGGACUGGAAUGGUAUGGAUACCUCCAGUAGCGAACGGUCUUCGGACUUGAACUGGACGAUGCCGCGCACAGGGCUAUCCCUGCCAUCUCUUCCAAAUGUCAACGAUGUAUCGAACUACCUUAUCUCAAAGGUCCUUACAGCGGAUGAUAUCAAGCCCCCGAAGGCACUUCUUCACCGUGCGACAGGACAAGGACAACUAGCUGAAGUGCUAUAUAUCCUCCGCCCCGUUGUGUACGCAUUGGCGAUGCAAAAAUGGAGUAAGGAUAAGCGCAGCUGGCGACCAUGGCUCAUUGGAUUUGGAAUGGAGUAUGGCUGCCGGCAGCUUGCCAAGCGCGACUUCCGGGAACGGGUUGCGGGUGGCCUCAGAGGACUUACAGGGCUUGAGCGGGAGGAGCUCAAGAAGCGCGGAUGGUCGAUGGGCUGGUGGCUGUUGCGAGGUGCAUUCUACGAGAACAUUACCAAGGCCUGGCUUCACAGUGUGACAGGCAAGAUGAAAGGCAAGCCAUUGUUGGAUAUGGUGGGCAGUAUUGUUGAGGACUAUGAGUACCUGUGGGAGAAUUAUUAUUUCUCGACUGCAACACUGUGA